GAGGAGGGAGAGAGGGAGAGGGAGAGAGGAGGGAGAGAGAGUGAUGCACAAGGACCAGGUACAUAUGAAGUAGUGAGACCCUGAGUGGAGAUGGCGUAUAUACAGUUGGAACCAAUAAACCAGGGGUUUCUCUCUCGAAUAUCAGAUUUUCUUCUGUGCAGAUGGACUUGCAGGAAUUGUUGUGAAAAGUGUUAUGACUGCAGUUGCUGUCAGACCAGUGAAGAUGAGGUGGAAAUCUUAGGACCGUUUCCUGCUCAGACACCACCUUGGCUGAUAAGCGAUCGUACCAAUGACCAGGAGGCAGAUUUAGACAGUGCAAGUAGUGACCCUCCGCAGACUCCUCAAAGCAGCUCUUCUGAUAGACGGAGAUCCUCAGAUACAUCACGUUCCACUUACAGCCUGACCAGACGAAUUUCGAAUCUAGAGACGUCCAGACGCCCGAGCUCUCCGCUGAUUGACAUCAAACCUAUUGAGUUUUGGACAAUUGGAUCGAAGAAGGAAAUAGUUCAACCUAAAGUAUUCAGGAAACCAUAUGCUCCCGAGGACUACUUCCGGAAAUUUGAACCGAGACUCUACUCUGUUGAUUCAAACAGUGACGAUGUGGACUCUUUGACCGAUGAGGAGAUUCUGUCCAGGUAUCAGCUUGGCAUGCUCCACUUUAGCACUCAAUACGACCUCCUGCAUAAUUAUCUGACAGUGCGGGUGAUCGAAGCCAGGGAUCUGCCUCCUCCUAUCUCAUACGAUGGUUCCAGACAAGAUAUGGCUCAUUCUAAUCCAUACGUCAAGAUGUGCCUCCUACCAGAUCAGAAGAACUCAAGGCAAACAGGAGUCAAACGCAAGACUCAGAACCCGGUUUUUGAGGAACGCUACACGUUUGAAGUUCCUUUUUUAGAAACGCAGAGAAGGACUCUCCUUUUAACAGUUGUUGACUUUGAUAAAUUUUCACGUCAUUGUGUUAUUGGGAAAGUUGCAAUGUCUUUAAACGAAGUUGACCUGGUAAAAGGUGGACAUUGGUGGAAGGCACUAGUUCCAAGUUCUCAGAAUGAAGUGGAACUAGGGGAGCUACUGAUCUCUCUUAAUUAUUUGCCAAGUGCAGGAAGGCUAAAUGUGGAUAUCAUUAGGGCAAAACAGCUUCUACAGACAGAUAUGAGCCAAGGAUCAGAUCCAUUUGUGAAAGUUCAGCUGGUGCACGGAUUAAAAUUGGUGAAAACCAAAAAGACAUCUUGCAUGAAGGGAACCAUAGACCCGUUCUACAAUGAAUCCUUUAGUUUCAAAGUUCCAUCUGAAGAGUUGGAAGAUAUCAGCUUAGUUUACACAGUUUACGGUCACAACAUGAAGAGCAGCAAUGAUUUUGUCGGCAGGAUUGUCAUCGGCCAAUACUCCACAGGGGCCCCGGAAUCCAACCACUGGCGGCGGAUGCUUAGCUUACAUCGGACCUCGUCGGAGCAAUGGCACAGCUUGCGAUCCCGCGCCGAGUGCGACCGGGUCUCGCCUGCGUCGCUGGAAGUGACGUGAUGGAACCACCUCUGCCAAAGCUGCAAACCAAGCUGUUACAGUCAAUAGUCACCAACUGGAUGAAGGACAGGGGCAGACUCCGCCUAUGUACCUCAACAAAGAAGAAGAAAACAAAUAUCUUAACGUACAAUCAUGCAUCAAACACUGCCACGGCAUCCACAAUUUAUUCGUAUCCUCAUUUCCAGAGAUAGAUGAGCACUGACAAAGUGAUUCAUGUAGUCGUGUUGGGUAAUGUGCCGUCAUAUGAUACAAAUGCGAGAAACAACUAGUUUAAGGUACACUUGAUUGUCCCUAUGUUGUUAUAGAUUUUUUUAAAAAAAGUCAAUGUGAGCUUUUUUUGGUGUCAUUGGUGAAAUCUGAGUGUUUCGAUGGGUCUGGUAUUUGUGGAAGUCAUCAAUAUUUGGAGGAUUACUGUAAUUGUGUGGAUAUGACUGGAACGUGUCGUCUCUAGUGCUGUAUGUCAUGCCACAAUGCUUAUGAAUAACAAGACCCCACUGUCGAUAGAUUAUCAAUAGAAUAUUACAUUGGUAUUUGAACGUAUUGUUGCUAUAAUGAACAAUCUGAGAUCCGUAGAACUGUUUGAUGAAUUGUGCAGAAUAGCUGUGAGCACAUAUAUCGUUAGUCUCGGAACCUCCUGCUAUAUUGACAUGUUGAUGGGAUAAGUUACUGAUGCGACGUGUUUUACAGAGAGUCUUGGGUCUUUGCGUGAUUGGUAUGCAGUGUUUGAGUACUUAGGUAAAAGGAUGUCCGGCUGUAGCUCUAGUUAAUCAGUCAGAAAGUAACAACUAUUCCGAAUUCCCAUCAGUGUUUCAAUAAAGCACAUUGGUAGAUACAGGAAAUAUUUAUUCUGAAUAAAGCCAACAUAUAGAUGCCAUGCAUUCACCUUGUCUUGCAUUGACGAUGCUGAUCAACAAACUCGGUUGUGUCCAUUUUAAGCCAAACCGCAAACAAUAUGGUAGUGGGAUCGCCACAGACAGAGACACAUGGCUCUGCCUUGGACUUAAAGCUUCCUUCACCUGUAUGGAUAUCACAGAUGUAAUAGACAUGUCUAGUGUAAGUUAUAUUAAAUGUAUGUUCUGUACCUGUAUGUGAUGGGCUGUAACAGAGUGAAGAUUAAAAAAGUAAACUUUAUAUUUUCAAAAUAUUCUUUCGAAAGCA